UACUUUUCCCACUUCAACCUUAUGGCUAAUGCAAACGGGCUCUAUAUCUCAGCUAAAUCAGGAACUCCUCCGACCGGCAAAGGGCACGGCAUCAGCGAUUCGGAUUCGGCGACUCCUCUUCUCUUGUCUAAGGGUUGCCCCCAAAAUCUGCAGCGAGUAGUAGAAACUAGAAGAAAUGGAGUUCACACUCAGUGGGAAUGCACUGAAGACAUUCGCCCGAUCCAUCACGUGCCUCGCACGCAUUGGCAACGAGCUUGUCAUUCAAGCCUCUCCUUCCCAGCUCACAUGUCACACUCUCAACUCCUCAAGAUCUGCCUAUCAAUCAAUGACAUUUGAACCUGAUUUUUUUGAUGUCUACACCGUCUUGGGUCCACAGGUGCAAUGUAGUGUGCUCUUGAAGGCUAUUUGUUCUGUUUUGAGAACACCAAUUGCCAGCAUUGAUCAUUUGAGUGUGUCAUUGCCUAAUCCUGAUGCAUCAAAGGUGCAGUGGACAUUGAACUGCCAUAAUGGUAUGAGGAAAGCUUAUUGGAUUACUUGCAAUGUUGAACCUGACAUACAACACCUAUCCCUUGAUAGGAGAAAGCUUCCAAGCAACUUUGUGGUGAGGCCUCGUGAUCUGAACAGGUUAUUGUCCAACUUCCAGACAACCCUUCAGGAGAUCACAAUCAUUGCUACCAAUCCAACUUCCUUGCCUCCUGAUGCUGCAACUGAAAUUGGAGGGAAAGCUGUUGAGCUCAGAAGUUAUAUAGACCCAACAAAAGGUAUACUGGACAAUGAUUCAUCACUACACACUCAGUUGUGGAUAGAUCCUACUGAAGAGUUUGUGCAGUACAAUCAUAUCGGAAACCCUGUGGAUGUGACCUUUGGAGUGAAGGAAUCGAAGGCCUUCCUUUCUUUCUGUGAGGGAUGUGAAGUUGACAUACACUUCUAUUUUGAUAAAGCUGGCGAGCCAAUUCUAAUGACGCCAAAAUUUGGUUUAGAUGAUGGCUCGAUCUCAACUUUUGAUGCCACCUUGGUACUUGCAACCAUGCUUAUGUCCCAGCUCAAUACUGCUGGCUCCUCUGAAAAUCCACAAGUUGCUGGCACUUCCCACGGUGAGGCUAAUGAUGGAAGACAGGCCCCACCCCAGGAGAGAUCAAAAGGGAAUUCUGGGCUUCCAUCUGAUCAGACCAGGAUUUGGUCCGAUCUUUCAGGAAGCAGAACAAAAGGUGGUAAUGGUGCUGAACCUGGAGGGGGUAGAAAUGAAAAUGAUAUUGAACUAAGGGAAAUUCACCGAAUUGGUGCAAUACACAUUUCUGAAGCUGGAGCUGCUGGAAGAGAUAUGUCUGAUAUACAUAAUGACUUCCCUUCUGAGGACAGAAAUCAUUUGGAAGAACCUCAAGGCAUGACAGAUUUGAAAGGUCAUGCUUCUCAACACCAUCCUAGUAACUGGGUAGAUGCAGAUGACGACGAUGAUGAAGAAGAUGAGUCGGAGUUGUGUGUUCAAUCAACGCCUCCAUAUCAUUAGGAAUACAGCAACUCCAGUUGCUCUGUAAUCCUUACAGGCAAUUGUUUAUUGGUGAUGUCUGUUGUCAGUAUGUACAGUUGUCCUCCCAAUGCUCCACUAAUCUGACUUUGCACUUGGUUCCCUCUUACCUAAGCAGUCCUCUAUGGUUAAAUCAUGUUUACCAUGAAUUAUAUUUGGCCUGCAAGCAUAUAUGAUGAUACAGCUCAUUAGUUUAUCUUUUGAAAA